CAUAAACCCUUGUAAGGUGUGGGUGUGGCUGCUGACUGGGAGCUAACCUUCAGAAAAAAUUCACUCAUGGCUUUCGUUACUUCUUCAUCUCCCUCUUCAUCUUCUUUUGCUUCUUCACAGUUGCUUAUCAGACCUCACAAAAUCCCAAAACUACCCUUUCCUCCUCUCCUAAAUUCCAAGUCCGCACUCACCCCCUGGAUUCCUUUUUUCCAAUCACACAGACCGAAAAUUUCACCGAUUCUAGUCUCGGCAUCGGUCAAGAGCUCAAAUGCCAUUGCAGCAGAGAGCAAGAAGCAGUCAACAUCUAAUCAUUCCAAGAAUAACGGUGAAGAAAAAAAGGAGGUGGAGGUGGAAGUAGAGGAGGAGCUGCCAUGGAUUCAUGAAAAGGCAUUGGAUCUUGUUGAAUUCACUGGCUCUGUAACGCAGGCAAUUCCUGGGCCCAGAGUGGGCACCAGCUCCUUGCCAUGGAUCCUUGCUAUCCCCUUGGCCUACGCCGGCAUCACCUUCGUCAUUGCUUUUGUUAAGACCGUUAAGAAAUUCACUUCGCCUAAGGCCAAACGCAGGAGACUGGUGAAUAAAAAUGCUUUGCUAUGUAAAUCAAUAGACGAGUUAUUCCAGAAAGGAAGAGAUGCAGUGCAACAUUCAGCUCUAAAAGGUCUAGCGCAAAAGACAGAUUUUAGCAUGGAGGACAUUUUGCGCAAGUACAUUCGAUAUGCAUUGAAUGAAAAACCGUUUAAUCCCAGCCUUGUUGCUGACUUAAUCCACCUUAGAAAAGCAUCUUUGUUAGAUGAUUCCCAGGUUGCUGAAAUUUUAAAUGAAAUCUCAAGGAGAAUUGUCCGAGAAAAAGGCCCAGUUGUAAUGGACAUGUCAGGAUUUACUGAGAAAGGAUUUAAGAGAAAGCUUGCUGUACAAGCCCUUUUUGGAAAGGUUUUCUAUCUUUCUGAGCUGCCCGAGUUCUGUUCAAGGGAUAACUCUUUAAUUGUCAAGGAAAUAUUUGGAGUUACAGAUGAAGAUGCAGACAAACUUCGAUUACAUGCUCUUUCUGAAGCUGGGGAUCUAGGUUCACUUGAGAAAAUGGUUGAUGGUACUGAUUCCGAAGAUUCCAAGGAGGACUUGCCUGAUGCUUCUUGAUCCAUGCAUAUAAUCACAUUCAUAGAGAACAAAGGCGCAGAGAAAAGAAAGGAUUUCAUCUGCGUAUUCCCGUACAGGGAAUUGUCUGAACUUGGAAACAUGCAGUAGAUAUUCAUUGGCAAUAUUUUCAGGGAUCAGCUAAACUUCUAAGUUGAGAUGAGAAAUUUUGAUGAGAAA